CCGCUCGAAAAGUAGUACGUAGCAGAAGAAAAACUAUUUCUACCCUUCUAAUACAUCCACUUCUUAAAUCCCAAAGCUUCUCUCAAUCUGCAUCCACCGGAGCCAUGACAAAAACUAACAGUAUGUAUAGGAAGACGAGCCAGGAAGUGAAAGGGGGAGAUGAUGAACAAAUUCCAGCCAUAGUCAUCCCCAAAGAUGAAUACGAGUGGAAUAAAUACGGACAAAAGCUCAUUAAGAGGAUUGGUAACAAGUAUCGAAGUUAUUUCAAGUGUAGGAAGAAGGAUUGUGGUGCGAAGAAGAAGGUGGAGUGGGCUCCGAGCAAUCCCAGCAACGUCAGAGUGUUAUAUGAAGGAGUUCACAACCACCAACGCUACAUCAUUGAUUCAGAUCCAGUUGAUCUGGCAGCAAUGAUUCAUGCAAACCAGUAUGAUUUAGUUACUCAGAUCUUCGGAACCAGAAACUAAUUAAUUACAUAUAUACUGCAUGCUUAUACUUCAAAUAUUAUUUCUUGUGUUUGUGUGUUUGUAUGUGUCUUAUGAUUGUAUUUUGUGGUGAGUUAUUAAUGUUGUUGAAUGUUAGUAUAUUAUCCUGCAGUUUUCAAUAGGAGUUAAGCACUAAUUAAGUUGGCUAUCAGAAAAAGGUUUUGUUCA